UCUCUCUCUGUCUCUGGCUCUCCCACCCUUCUCCCUUCUCCUUUCUCCUGUCUCCCUUCUCCCUCCUGCAUGUGUUGAGCCGCUCUCUCUCCAAGUGUCUCCCACUCAGCGUGUCAGUGCGCAGCGCGUGGAGCUUCAGGGUCGACUUCCCCGCAGUCACAUUCGCCGGGGUCAGGCCGACAAAGACGACGCAGACAUCCGAAACAAGACGCGCUGAUGCUGAUUGAGUAGGCAGCCCAUCCAAAGUCAACAACCUCUCCCUUGUGUGCGUGCGUGCGUGCGUGUGCGUGCGUGUGUGCGUGCGCGCAUGUGUGUGUUUAUGCGUGUUCUAGUCUCAGGGUCUCGGUAGUAUGCAGGGGGCCCGUGUGUCAUUCGUGUGCGCGUGCGUGUGCGUGCUCCUCCACAGUGUUAUUUCACAGCCGCCCAAAGAAAUUGACACCCAAACGGAAUGCACGGAUGGCUAUCACUGGGACCCUCAGACGGAGCACUGCAAAGAUAUCAACGAGUGCGAGACCAUCGCAGACGCGUGCAAGGGGGAGAUGAAAUGCUUCAACCACUACGGAGGCUACCUGUGCCUCCCCCGCUCCGCCUCGGUCAUCCCGGCCCACGAGCCCCCCAUCGCGCCCACCGAGGCCUUCAACCCCUGCCCCCUCGGCUACGAGCCUCAAGGAGACAGCUGCGUGGACGUGGACGAGUGCGAGCGUGACGAGCACGACUGCCAGCCCAGCCAGCAGUGCAUCAACACCCUGGGAGCCUUCACCUGUCACUGCCCCGACGGUUACCGCAAAGUGGGCACCGAGUGCAUCGAUAUUGACGAGUGCAGGUACAGGUACUGCCAGCAUCGCUGCGUCAACGUUCCGGGGUCCUUCACGUGCCAGUGUGAGCCCGGGUUCCAGCUCGCGGGGAACAACCGAUCCUGCAUCGAUGUGAACGAGUGCGAAAUGGGGGCUCCGUGCUCCCAGAAGUGUUACAACACGUACGGCACCUUCUUGUGCCGCUGCGACCACGGCUACGAGCUGGGGGCCGACGGCUACACUUGCAACGACGUGGACGAGUGCAGCUACUCCAGCUACCUGUGCCAGCACCAGUGUGUCAACGAGCCGGGCAAGUUCUCCUGCGUGUGCCCCGAGGGAUACCAGCUGCAAGGCACGCGGCUCUGCCAGGAUAUCAACGAAUGUGAAACAGGCGAGCAUCAGUGCACGGACACGCAGACGUGCGUCAACCUCCACGGACGGUACCAGUGCGUGGACGCCAACCAAUGUCUGGAACCGUACGUGCAGGUGUCCGAGAAUCGCUGCGUGUGUCCCGUGACCAAAGCGGCGUGCCGGGACCUGCCCUUCUCCAUCGUGCACCGCUACAUGAGCAUCACGUCGGAGCGCUCGGUUCCGUCCGACAUCUUCCAGAUCCAGGCCACCAGCGUCUCCCCGGGGGCCUACAACACCUUCCGCAUCCGCGCGGGCGACCGCGACGGAGACUUUUACAUCAGGCAAAUCAACAACAUCAGCGCCAUGCUGGUGCUGGCCCGCGCCGUGUCGGGCCCGCGCGAGUACACGCUGGACCUGGAGAUGGUCUCGGUCAACCCGCUGCUCAGCUACCAGGGCAACUACCAGAGCAGCUCCGCCCUCAGACUCUCCAUCUACAUCGGGCCGUACACCUUCUAACCCGACUGGCGGUCGACGCCGACGGCAACGUCUUAUUAUCUCUUGAAAUAUGCAAACACUUCUCUUUUGGAUGUUUUUUUUUUUUUUUUUUUUUUUUUACUUCUGUCCCACACAUCACACAUUUGGAAAACCCUUUCAAGCAUUUAUUCCGUAUCCUACUAGUGCGUCAAAUUAUGAAUGGAAAACUAGUGCGCUCCAAGUAAACGCUCAAACGACUUUCUGGAAAGUUCUUGGUGCAUUCAUUUCAUUUUUCAAAUACCCUGCUGAAAGUGUGUACUAGUACCCUCUUUGCCCUCACUGUUGGGACAGAUUAGCGUGCUAGUAGGACGGCUGUGUCUUAUAGUCAAUAUUUUCUUUUUCUUUCCGUGACUGUGCUUGUAAUGUUUGUCCAUUACUAGUGCACAUUUGGCACGUUUUGUUUAGUGUGCUGCACUAGUAACAUUACUGUGCUCAACUAGUUACGCCCUAGUAGCCUCCCUAUCAAGGAUUUUCGAACAAAUGCUCAAACGGGAAAGUUUCAAAAGUGUUUAUUUGAGAUCCUUCACAUCCGAUUUAAGGGAAAUGUACUAGAAUGCUCUUUGUCCUCUUUGCUAGUAAAGCGUACUACUAUCUUGUCAAUUGCCAAACUGAUUUUCUUUGUUCUUGUGACUGUGACAAUUAAGUUCUACUCUUGUCUAGUCAAACUAGUUGACAUCCAUGUGUUACUAGUACUGCAGUACUAGGCAACGGCUGGGCAUUAACUAGUAGAAUUUUGUAAUGUUUGUACUAGUAGUGUGUAGUUGUGAACUUGUGCAAAGGUUUGUCUGUUUAGUAGUAGUACGUAGUUGUCAUACUAGUUUGCACAAAUGUCAUUUAGGCGAGAUGGGUAGUAGUGACAAAAAAAAAAAAAAAAACUAGCAAAAGACAGUUGUUGAAAAGUGAGCUGACUUGUCCUACUAGUGAGGGCGAAGAGAGUACCAGUACGUCUACGAGGCUUAAGUUGGAUAUGAAGGACGCAGACACGUUUGAUGGAAAGUCGCCGGUUGAAGGCUGAGAACGGAGGAAUGAGAAGCACGUGCGACCAGUCGUCAUCCCGUUUGUCACUUCAGCCCCAUUCUUCAUUUUCUCAAUGGCCUCAAACAUUUGUGACAUUGAAACAUUUGACUUUUUUUUUCCCCUCUUUGUCUACUUUUGAACUCAAAUAAAAACAAUAUACUUUAAUCUUAUUGUGACGCCCCCUCCCAAAAAGCUGAGUGUUCCUUCAAAAUAUGUUUUUUUCCCUCACAUUUAUCCCCAUUUCCACAAAUAUACUUUUUUUCUGAAAAUAGGACUUUCUUUUCAUGACGAUGCGUACCUAUCUUGAAAACAGUUUUUUUUCCAAAAUGACUUCAGAACAUUUUUUAGUUUUUUUUAAAAUACAUUCCAUUCUCAAAAACCUACCUUUUUCCUCCUAAAAAAAAUGAGUUUUUCAUUUCUUUUUCUUCUUGAAAACUGUUCUAUUCUCAUUUUAAAAAAAGUUUUUCAUUAUAUGACUCUCUAAAAUCUAAACUAUAUUUUUUACUCAAAAGUUAACUUUGUCCUUCAAGAUAUGUAAUUCUGAUCCCCCCCCCCAAAAAAAAAAUCAAACAUUUUCUUCCCGACAAUAUACAACUUUGUCUCUUCAUUAUUAUACGACUUCCUCAAAAAAAGAAGUCCUGAAAAAAUGUGUAUCUUUUUACUUUUCUUUCCAUCCAUCUGACCAUUUUCUUUGCCGCAUAUCCUCACGAGGGUCGCGGAGAGUGCUGGAGGCGGGGUACACCGUGAACUGGUUGCUAGUCAAUCGCAGGGCAACUUUUGAAACUUUAGUUUUGUAGACAUAUAGCACUAACACGCCAUAACAAUAUUUCCUGCUCCCAACUGCAAUCUUUUAUUAUUUUUUUAUUUUUUUUUUUUGUGUAACACGUCACACCGGGUCGAGCACACACUUAAACGAAGCUGGGCCACGAGCACCGCCACUGACAUUUUUCCAAGGUGACAAAUGAGCUAGUGCAUAUUUUCCAGCUGACUUUUUUCACGUACAGUGAAGCGCCGCAAUUCCUGCGGUUAAGUAACAACUGAGGCUGCAACGAGCAAAUAUAUGAGAGUCAUUGACCCCCCCCCCAAAAAAAGGUUUGUAAUUGCUCAUAGAUGCCACAACACCCCCCAUUAGACAAAGUUAGUGGCACAGAUCAGCUGGUAAAGCGUUUGCCUCACAGUUCUGAGGUCCUGGGUUCGAUCACGGACCCACCUGUGUGGCGUUUGCAUGUUCUCCCCGUACCUUCGUGGGUUUUCUCCGGGCACUCCGGUUCCCUCCCACAUCCCAAAAACAUGCAACAUUGAUUGGACACUCUAAAUUGCCCCAAGGUGUGAUUGUGAGUGCAACUGUUGUCUGUCUCCAUGUGCCCUGCAAUUAGCUGGCAACCAGUUCAGGGUGUACCCCGCCUCCUGCCAGUUGACAGCUGGGAUAGGCUCCAGCACUCCCCGCGACCCUCGUGAGGAUAAGCGACAAAGAAAAUGGAUGGAUGGACAGACAAAAUUAUGGCCUAAUUAAUCAUUUGUGAGGGGACUCACCUCAACAGUCGUCAGAAGAUGGCAUCGAAGCAAUAUUUUUCAUACUGGACGAGGCUUUGACCUGAGCACAAAAACAGCGAAUACGUGAGUUUUUCAGCAAACAAAAAAAGCUGUGAACAUGUGGUUUACUGCACACCUGGACCGCUUGCGAGCCGAUCGCAUAUAAAUACAGAACCGUUCAUAUUAAUCAACGACAGUCAAUUUCAAAGUAAACUCUGACAUGAUCAUCAGUUUCAGUACUUUUUGUGAUAUUUUCAUUUGUUUUGUACCAAUAAAGGCUGGGAAACACCGUU